GCCGUUUUGUACCUACGGGUGCCCUCCAAUAUUUAGUCCAAGUGCCCAUUUUUCAUGUGCGACUUGGAUGGUGAGUGGCAGCAGGCUGUUCAACUGCAUCACAGCCGAGGCCUGAUCCUAUCCUCUUCUGCUGUUGCCAGUUUCCAUUGGUGUGGAUGACUACAGCUCAGAGUCUGAUGUCCUUAUUAUACCUUCAGCCUUGGAUUUUGUCUCUCAAGACGAGAUGCUAACACCGUUGGGCCGACUGGAUAAGUACAUUGCUAGUGAGAACACAUUUAACAGACAAAUGGUAGCAAGAGGUUUGCUGGACACGCUGCGGGCAGUCAGCGAUGAUGAGAAAGACUGCCUCGCAGUGCUCGAGAGAAUAAGUAAACUAGCAGAAGAUCCAGAACCAACUGUCCGUGCAGAGUUGAUGGAACAGGUGCCUCACAUUGCCAUAUUCUGCCAAGAAAAUAGGCCUUCCAUUUCUUAUGCUUUCUCCAAAUACUUGUUGCCCUUCAUGGUCAGAUGCCUUGCAGACCCCAACAACCAGGUGAGAAAGACCAGUCAGGCAGCAUUGCUGGUGGUAUUAGAACAAGAGAUAAUCGAAAGAUAUGAUGUGGAGACCAAAGUGUGUCCAGUUCUGCUGGAUCUAACUGCUCCAGAAAGCAAUGAUGAUCUGAAAACAGAAGCUGUAGCAAUAAUGUGCAAAAUGGCUCCCAUGGUAGGGAAAGCUAUCACCGAAAGAUAUAUACUGCACCGAUUCUGUGAAAUGUGCUGUGAUUGUCGGAUGUUCCACGUUCGAAAGGUGUGUGCUGCCAAUAUUGGAGAUAUAUCCAGUGUUGUUGGUCGGGAAGCUACCGAAGAAUUGCUGUUACCCAGGUUCUUCCAGCUAUGCUCUGAUAAUGUAUGGGGAGUGCGGAAAGCAUGUGCAGAAUGCUUUAUGGGUGUUUCUUGUGCAACCUCUCAGGAAGUUCGUAGAACAAAACUGUCUUCGCUCUUCAUUAAUCUGAUCAGCGACCCUUCACGUUGGGUUCGUCAAGCUGCCUUCCAGUCAUUAGGCCCUUUUAUCUCAACCUUUGCAAAUUCUUCUGCUGCUGGUCAUUACUUCAAAGAGGAAGAUGUAUUGAAGAGUGAAGGGACAGAAAAGAAUAACAGUUCAAAAUGUGCUGCAGAACCAGAAAAAGUUGCAGGUGAAGUCAUGGGACUUGUUGAAAUGGAACAACAAACUACAGACUGUGGCACUGUGGAAUCAGUAAAUGAUGCUGAACUCUCUCUAAAGGAUGAACUGAACAGUGACAAUGAAUGUAGAAGUGAUCUCAGUCAAGCCCAGACAGUAUCAUUACAGUCACACUCUGAUUCCUAUAUAUGCACUAAACCUCAAUCAACUGAAGCAAACACAGUUUUCAGUGGAAGUUGUCUGCCAGAUUCACAUUGCACAAAUUCAGCACAGUCUACACAACAAUCUUGGUCCAGUUCAGAAAAGAUUGACAUUCUAGAGGACAUGUACAACUCAUUCCAUUACUGGAGGACUCCUAUCCCUACAAUAGACCUUGAUUUGGAAUUGGAGCCACUGCAAUGUCCAGAUAAACAAGAAAGCAAAGAUCCAAUACAGGCAGAAGCAUCAUUGACCUGUCCAAGCUUUAGCACAGCUACCAGAAAAGAACUGGAAGAAAUGUUGGAAAACUUGGAACCACACAUAGACGACCCGGAUGUAAAAGCACAAGUGGAUGUUCUAACUGCUGCACUGCAAGCUUCAAAUCUUGACUAUGAGGAAGAAAAAUCUGUAGGGCCACUGUCUAACCAAACACAGUUGCAAACAGAAUCUGCUGCAGGUGAUACCACAAAUGUUGACCAAGACAAUGUGCCUUUAACUGCUGAAAUUUCAGCCAUCGUUGAGGAAGACUGCGUCAGUGAUACAGUGCAUAUCAACCAAUCACAGAAUGCAUCGCCCUUUUCAACGGUGGUAUCAGAUGACCGUGUAUUCACCUAUUUUGAGACGAAUCUGGAAGGCAGACUUCAGUUCAUCCAAGAUAGUUCAUGUAGAAGGCAAAGCAGCUUUGAUGAAGAUAAGAAAUCUAAAAUUCAGGAUGUUGUUCCACAAGCAUUGCUAGAUCAAUACCUUUCGAUGACUGAUCCUUCACGUGCCCAGACUGUUGAUACAGAGAUAGCCAAGCACUGUGCCUACAGUCUCCCUGGUGUGGCGUUCACUUUAGGCAGGCAGAACUGGCAUUGCCUGAAAAAUACAUAUGAGACAUUGGCCUCAGAUAUGCAGUGGAAAGUUCGAAGGACUCUUGCAUUCUCCAUUCAUGAGUUGGCAGUCAUUCUCGGAGAUCAGUUGACCGCAGCAGAUUUAGUUCCCAUUUUUAAUGGUUUUUUAAAAGAUCUUGAUGAAGUGAGAAUAGGAGUCCUAAAACACCUGUACGACUUCUUAAAGUUGCUUCAAACAGAAAAGAGAAGGGAGUACCUAUCUCAGCUCCAAGAAUUUAUGGUAACAGAUAACAGCAGGAAUUGGCGCUUCAGAGCUGAGCUUUCUGAGCAACUUAUUUUGCUACUAGAACUGUACAAUCCCAAAGAUGUGUAUGACUAUCUGCGUCCCUUAUCUCUCAGCCUCUGUGCGGAUAAGGUAUCUUCAGUCCGAUGGAUUGCCUACCGACUGGUGAGUGAGAUGAUUAGAAAAUUUUAUGCAGCUUCAACUCCUGCAUUGGCAGUGGACUUGAUCAAUGAACUUGUUGAUAAGUUUUGCCAUAGUGUGAAGUGGUCAGGUCGUCAAGCCUUUGUCUUCGUCUGCCAGGCUGUGAUUGAAGAUGAUUAUAUCCCUAUAGAACAGUUUGCUGAGCAUUUGAUGCCACAUUUGCUGCAGCUGGCAUCUGAUCCUGUGCCAAACGUCAGAGUGUUGCUAGCAAAAACUUUGAGGCAAACCUUAAUGGAAAAAGAAUACUUUCUGAAUUCUGGCAGCUCUCAGCAGGAAGCCAUAGAGCAAAUUGCUGUGGCGUUGCAGGCAGAUCAAGACCGGGAUGUCCGAUACUUUGCCAGCGUACACCCCAGUAGCACAAAGCUUGGUGAUGACGCCAUGAGCACAGCCUCUUCCACUUAUUAAAACUGACUGAUAUUCUUCAUGCCAUCAGACUGUGCAGACUGGGAGUCACUGCUGAGUGCUUUAAAUGUGCUGAGUGAAUGCUCCAGAAUACAGUAAGAUAUCUGUUCUAUAGACUGAACAAAUGGGGCUUUACAAACACGGUGACCUGUCAUGGCCCUUGAUUACGCUGAGAUUCAGUUAGACCCUUACUAGUCGUGAGUGCGUGACUUCUGUUUUAUGCAUUUUGACCACUGAAAAGUUCUCAGAGGAUCAUACCACCGAAGCCUUAAACUCCUGUAUUAAACUAGAAAACUGGAACACCUGGAGCCUUCUUAAUGGAGGAGGGAUUAUCCAUGUUGAAUCUUAUCAUUCCUUCCAGAAAAUGUUAUAAGAAUGUUAAUGACAGUUCUUCUCUAUAAGCAACAAUUAACUGCAUUUGCAAAGAAUAUGAACCAGUAAAGUUAAUGCAUAUUUAUCUUAAUGCUGUACUGAUUCAAAAAAGUUCUUUUUCAUCUGUACUGGUUAGGUAAAGAGGUUUUUCUUUCUUAACGGAUCAAUUAUACCUCAUUUAGUUUGAACAUGGACAGUGGAGUUGUUUUAGAUCCUUGAAAUUGCCCCAUUCAUAUUACAGCAAAUUUCAGUCGAGCAGGUAUGAAAAUAUGGCUGCCACUGUUCUGCUUUGACUCUCUAAUCAACUUGUUUAUAGUUUCCUAUGGGUUUUGUUCUACCUACUUUGACUGUUGCACAGGACUUGACAGAAGAAAUAUGGAAAGAAAUAAGAUGAGAAAAUGUAUGCAUACCUGCAAAGUGCUUUUUACAAAUUCCUUGUACCAGCACAGAGUUACUAAGUUGCCAUGCGAGCAGUUGUGGUAAAUGUUUUGAUAUGCAUCCUGCCAAAUUGACCUCAAUUUCAUACCUCUGGCUGAGGUGCAUCUGAUUAACUUCAGAUGUGAAGAAUUUUUCUUUGGUUUGGUGUGAGCAUCAGGAAUCAGAUUUAUUUAAAUUUACAUACUAAUCUGACUUGCUGCAAAUCAAGCAUGGCAUCUUUUUAUUUCUCUUCACUCAACAUGUGAACAGGAUUAUUCACCAGCUCGGUAGAGAGGAGGGGAAGAGGCGUUUAGGGCUGAGUAACCGCCAUUGGACGACUUUUGUCCAUAUGAGGCAGUUUUGAUCUCCUAACUCUCUACCAUUUAUAAAAAUCCUGUUCUUGGUUCACACUCCACCAUCUUGUUUCAAGCUGAUGGUCUUUGUGCCUUAGUGGCAGCCUGCUGAGGUCUGUCUCAAUUGACUUGGUUCUUUGGCCUCUGGUCAGUUUUAAAGCCUGCCAUGAAUAUCCUGGAAUGGCUUCCCGUAACAAGCAUGUAUUGAACCUGUCUUCCAUCCUUGCGCGUUUCUCUAAACUUUCAGGCCUGUUCUAACUUUAACAUCAGGUUAUAUUGGCUGCAAACUGUAGAUGGAAUAAUUGAUUCCCAUCAAUCUAGGAAGUCAGACCAUUCAUUAAACAAGUUUCUGAAGAGAGAUUGGCUAACUAUGAAGUAGAUAUUGUCAUCUUGAAUAGCUCCUUGAAUUUGUACAGUGGCCACCUCAUGAACUACUGUGUGGUGGGUUCUCUAGUGUCUACCGGAAGAAUUAGUGUUUUAUUUCCACUCCCCCCGCCCCCCCACCCAAGCAUUGCUGUUGUGACCUGAAAGUGUAAUGUGGUAAGUAAGUUGGUAUUGCUGUGCUCCAGAACAUCCUACAGUUGUAAGUCUUCAGUGUCCCACCUCCAGUUCUGGCACUAGUGUUGUAUUUCUGUUAGUGGAGGUUGAAUAUACAAAGACAAGAUUGUGGAUUAUCAAUGGGUCUCCCUUAUUGUUCGAAAGAAACUCAACCUCCAAAUAUAAAUUGCCCACUGUGUUUGUCAUUCUGCCUGAUCUCAUGCUGAGGCAACAUGAGCUGAAAAUUAGUGGCUUACUGGGUCUUACCUCACUUCAGUUUGAGACCUCUUGUAGCUACCUUGAAUAAAAGGAUCUCAUUCCAGCCAAAUAGGCUUUUAUGUACGGCAGGAUAGAGAAUGUUUAGCUGAUUUUCUGCACAGUUAACAAUGUUAUUCAGGCUAAUUGACCUCUUGCACCCACCCCACCUUUGACCACCACUACUUACAUCGCCAAGGAAAAAUAAGAAUUGAUCAGUUCCAUAUGUGGAUCUUGGACCUUUUUCAGAAAAUGAGGUGCUGCCUAUGGCAAGUAAUCCAACAUCACAUGCUGCAAUGUGUGAGAAGUGGUCAGAUUUCUGUGCAAGUUUAAAUGUGUGCAGUUGGAACUCCCAUGGGCUCGAGCUCAGCACUAACACUACAAAGUAGUUGAAUGAUUUUAAAGUACAACACAUUUCUGUGUUUGUUAUGCAGAAUUGUCUUUUUCAUGCUGGUCAUGUCCUGCGGAGUAUGUUUGAAUUGGGUUAGCACACAAGCUUUAAGUCUGAAAAUUCAGGUAUUUUAACUUUUUAUCAUGAUCAGCUGAAUGCUGCACCUUUUUAUAUGUACAUACCUUGUGAGCACUCUGAGUGCCUGUUGUUGAUCAUGUCAUAAAAAGCAGUUGUGAUACAAGUUGUUCUGUACUUGUCCAAAUAAAAAUAUGCAACCAUA